GAUUCCGUUAGACUAGAAAGCACCGUGAGCCCAAUUUAUUCAUUGUUGGAUCUAACCUGGGGGGUGUAUAAAACUCUGGGUUUGAAAGGGGAAGAGAAAGAGAGCAUUUGUUUCGUUUUACUAAAGAAGAAGAAGAGAAGCAGCUCUCUGUAGUAUUGGUUGGCUCUUCUUCACAGUUUUCAGAGCCAAAUCUCUUGCAAUUCUCCUCUCUUUCUCGCUAACCAAACAUGGGAUUUUGAAUGAGAUUGGAGAGAGCUGGAUAAAUGUUGAGGAUCUGUAACUUUUAAGAAGACAGAUUUAUAGGCGUGAUUAAGAAAACGUAAUCUGAUUUUGUAUUAGCGUUGCAUGAUAGAGUCUAGAAACGUGGUUGAUAAUUUGUUGGAUUCUCUGUUUUACAGGCAAAUUUGUAGUGAUUUGAAAGUGUUUUUUUCACAAGGAAGGAGUUCCACGCUGGAUUCUGAUUUUGAAGAUUGGCUUCGGUUGAUUGAGUUUUAUAGAGAGAAGACACAUUGGGAAAGAUAUAAGAAGUUUCAGAGGGGACUGGGAGGAUUUCUUGACAGUGCACUGUUAGAGGAUACAAUUUAAAUCAGAUUUCUUGAUAUACAGAGAUUGGAAUCUGACAUGAAAAGUCCUUUGAAAUGUCAUAAGAGUCGUUUCGUCAAAAUCUGAAUGAUAUCUGUUUGAGAAUCCGGGUUUUGAUUUUGGAGUUUAACUCUCAAGAUUGAAAGUUUCCUAAAUUGCAAUUUACUUGGCGACUCUCUCUCUCUCCCCUGUUAUAAAAUAAAGCAGCAACUGAUUUCUCUGCUUUUGCUCUCCCGCAGUCUACAGUGUUCCAAGAACGAUCAUUUUCUGUGGUAUUCAUCUCGAUUGAGAAUCAAUUCAACAAAUUUGAAGUUACCGGGUAAAGCAUCGAUUUUGUCCUCAAUUGCUCUCUCGCCCUCUAUGGAUUCUGCUUGAGAUUUUCCUUCUCUUCAGGCCAAAAUCUUUCUCUGUGAAAAAUCCUUGCUUGAGUCACUUUCUGAUUAACAUUGUAGUUAUCAAUUGUUCUUGACGCGUUCUUCCUUUCUCUCUGAUUUUGGGCAAUGAACAUUCUGCAAUCAAGAUAAGCAGCUUCCCCCUGCAAUUCUCAUUCUCGUUAUCAUUUUCUCAGUCAAUGAUCUCUGUUUAUGGUACAUCAGUACAUGGAAACCUACGCCAAAACAAACUACUCAAAAAAGGCGUUCGAUUUUGUACUUUGAGGAGUUUCGACACUCUAAUAGAAUUUUCUUCUUCUGAUUUUUUCUCUGCAAAUAAAAGCACCAUGCCCCUUUUGAGGAAUUUCUUGUGAUCUCUAUUUAUCCACGAGGAAUUUCUAGAUUGAAUCCAUCCCUUACAUUUCUCACGGCCACAGCUCAUUUAUGUUUUUCUUGAAUAAUCCUUGCCGUCAGAUUCACAUCUACACCAGGUGUAGAAGAGUAAAUGGAAAAGGACUCGUUGAGGAGCACCAAUAAUGGGAGCACGAGCAGCACCACCAUCACCACCACCACCACCACCAACAACAACAGUGCCCAGAGAACGAGCUUAGAUCCCAAUAGGCAAACGACGUCGUCUGAUCUUGUCUUGCAGUGGGGGAACCGGAAGCGGCUCAGGUGCAUGAAAGCCCAAGUCAAGGACGUUUCGACCACCCCGGUUCAUAAGACAACAGUUCGUGUGGACCGUCGGGUUGUUAGAGCUGAUAAUAAAGAUAAAGACAGUACUUGGUAUCACCCGAGCAGCACAAAUAAUAAUAAUAGCAAUCACAGCAACGGAUAUUCUAAUCUCCGUCAACGUCUGUCUCCGCCGCCCUCUCAGCGGAUUUUAAGGAACUCGGAGAAUUCAAGUGCCAUGAGAGGAGGCCAGAGUAACGGUGGUGUUCUGGGUAGGAUUGCUUCACCAGACAAGGGUGCGCACGAUAAGAGAAGUAACAACCAUACCCACCACCACCACCACAAUAGCAGCAGCAACCAUGAGAAUCAUAACAAUAACAAAUCAGCGGCAUCUUCGGAUACCAAGAAAGGAGGAGGGUCAUCUUCUGGGGGGAGUGGAGAAGCACCACCACCAGCAGUUUGGCCACCAAAGUUUGUUAUUGCUUUAACUAAUAAAGAGAAAGAAGAAGAUUUCUUUGUCUUUAAAGGGUCCAAGUUGCCUCAAAGACCCAAAAAGAGAGCCAAAUUCAUUCAGCGCACCCUCAAUCUUGUGAGCCCCGGAGCAUGGCUAUGUGAUUUGACACUAGAACGUUAUGAAGUCAGAGAGAAGAAGAUCACCAAGAAGAGACCAAGAGGGUUGAAGGCCAUGGGAAAUAUAGACUCUGACUCUGAGUAGAAGAAAGAAAACUCUGGACGGAUCACAAAUGUACCUUCUUAGCCUUCUCUAGGAAGAAGAUAGACAACAAAUCAUCGUUGGAAAUUGUUUUUUUCUUUUUUUUAGGAUGUAAGAAAGAUGUCUGUAGUGCCCUACCGUGUAAAUCGCCACCUUUCACAUCCUGCAAGAAUGAAAAGUAGAAAAUUUCAGUCA